UGGUCUGUUGACUUUCUGCUUCUGCUAGUCUUUUGACCUCAGACAGAACAGAAGGAACCUGUCCUGCAAUGUAAACACUGUGUUUAGGAUAGGUUUUGUAAUUAGCUGGACAUUUUAACACUGUGACCUUAACGCACACAAAAGCCUGAUAUUUGUUGCCAGGUCUGUGUUGACCAGUUCAGGUACAACUCAGCGUAGAUAUCGAGGCUAACGUUAACGUAACUUUUCAAGGAUGCAGGUGCAGAGAGUUGUUCUCAACUCACGACCAGGUAAAAGCGGGGCGCCAGUUCCUGAAAAUUUCUAUCUAGAGGACAUAACUUUAACACCUGACUUGAAAGAUGGGGAGGUCCUUGUUCGGACGCUUCACCUCUCAGUCGACCCUUACAUGCGAUGCAGAAUGAAUGAAGACACCGGUGCUGAUUACUUGACUCCAUGGCAGCUGUCUGAGUGCGUGGAUGGUGGAGGUGUCGGCGUGGUUGAGUCCAGCCGCUGCAGCACUUGCACUGAGGGAGAUGUGGUCACUUCUUUCAACUGGCCUUGGCAGACCUAUGCUGUUAUGAAAGGAAGCGUCUUACAGAAGGUUGAUCCACAGUUGGUUGAUGGGCGCUUGUCCUACUUUUUGGGUGCAAUUGGCGUAACGGGCCUCACUGCACUGUUGGGUGUAAGGGAGAAGGGUAAUGUGACCAAAGGGGCCAAUCAGACCAUGGUGGUGAGUGGCGCGGCUGGGGCCUGUGGCUCCAUAGCUGGACAGAUUGGCAGGCUGGAUGGUUGUGUGAGAGUCGUUGGGAUUUGUGGUUCUAAUGACAAGUGCAGAGCUUUAGUGGAAGACUUGGGCUUUUCUGCAGCCAUCAACUACCGCCAAGAGGACGUCCCUUCAAGGCUCAAGGAGUGCUGCCCUGAUGGGAUAGAUGUUUACUUUGACAAUGUGGGAGGUACCAUCAGUGAUACUGUAAUUGCACAGAUGAACAACGGCGGCCAUGUGAUCCUGUGUGGGCAGAUCUCACAGUACAACAAGGAUGUGCCGUAUCCUCCACCCCUGAGCCAGGAGAUACAGGAAACCCUGCGAAGUAAGAACAUCAGCCGGGAGCGAUUUAUGGUGCUCAACUACAUGAACAAAGCAGAUGCCGCUCUCUGUGAGCUCAGCCAGUGGGUUAAAUCAGGCCAAAUCAAGGUGCUCGAAACUGUGGUGAAUGGCAUUGAAAAUAUGGGAGAUGCAUUUUGCUCUAUGAUGAAAGGGGGAAACAUUGGCAAGCAAAUUAUAAAGAUAUCAGAUUGAAGAAAAUCACUGUAGCUGCCAGCAGACUGCUCUCACCAGAUGCCUUGGGGAAAUUAACCUACAGUUGUCUUUCUAUCACUGCCAUUAACACAAACUUAAUGAAGUAAAAUUUUGCAGAUUAGCUGAUGCCAGUUGAUUACAAUUAUGAACCAUAAAUGAAAUGUCACACAAUGUUCUUUGAAAUUGUGUUCAGUGCAAGUAAUUUUAAUCAUCCAUAUAUUGUACUGCAUAUUUCUUUAGCAUCACUGUCUAGAUGCUACUAAUAGCAGCAAAAGGCUGGCAAGCUAGCAAUAACACAAGUUAGCUAACUAACACCACACAAGACACCAUGCUUCUAUCUUUAUAAAAUUACUGUCAUCUUCAAGUACAUGUCUCUUGUCUUCAUGGGCCACAAUGGAAAUAAGCCUUUGGACUUUAUUGUGUCAUCCUUGCCAUAAUGUAAAUGUGAUUUAAUUUAUCUCACAGUGUUAAACUAAAUUAAAGAUUUUUGCUUGCUAGCUAAAGUGCUUUAGCUACAAAGACUACAAGAAUGACACUAGUCUUUAAGGAAAUUAGCCAUUUGGACUUAAUUGUGUUAUCCUUGACGUUGUGUAUAUGUGAUUUCUCAUAAUGUUAAACUAAAGAUUUUUAAGUUGCAUGAGCUAGCUAAUUCACAGCAGUAUGCCACAUAUAGAUAAAAAAUAUUGCAUGCACUGGCUGGUUUAGUUCUAAGAAGAGCUAUAGCUAGCUGGGACUGAGGCUGGUGCUUAGUGCGUUUAUUUUCCACCAGUGUUUUCAGUUAAGAUACAUACCACACCAAGCUCAUUAUAUAAGCGUGAGGAAUGUGUGGCAAAGUGGGGAGUAGACAAAUUAUUAAAUGCGUACCAAGACCAAACAAAUAGGAAAAGUAAGGACUUGAAAAUUAAAAUGAGCUAGAAACAAGAGUGUAGCUGAUUGGAGGUAAAGGAAAAAUAUAAAGCUUUAUAUUUCUUUUUACACUCCUUUAAUUAUUUAAAUGGAAGCUUUAUUUAUUGACAUAAUUAUAUUUUUGAUUCAUCUGAUCUUUUUUUUUUUUUUACUGUCUUGUCACAGUCAGGCUCCAUAUUCUUGUUCACUCCCGUAUCAAAUUAUGUGACAAUGACAUGAAGACAAUCACAAAGUAUAUGAUUUACUGUAAUGAAGAUUUUUAUUCCACAGCACUAUAAACCAUUAAUAAAAUAAAAUUGUGAUUGGCUCUAAUUUCAGUUGUCACGAGAAAAAUAUGUGGCAGGUGUAAAAUCAUCUUCUAUUCAUUCAUAUACACUUCAGUGUUCGAAGAUAGGAGGGGAUGCAGAAUAAGUCAUGUGAACACCAGUACAUGACUUACAGUAUAUUCCUUGGUGAUGGUGGUGGAGUCGAUGUCUGUCUCAGUCAAAUUAGUGUACAGUACAGAACAAUCGAAACUAGGUGUUGGUGCUUUUCUGCAAAAAAAACAAAACAACGAAAAACGGUACCAUGCAUAAUUUGGAGGUGGAAGUGAAAUGCAGCAGUCAUCUCUAAUUACCCUCUUAAUCCAUUCAAUACUGCCUCCUUGUGGACACAUUACAUACUGAGCAUCAUUAGAAAAAAACUCUAAUAACAAAAACUCCAACAAUUUUAAAUGUCUUUUAUGCUGGAAUUAUACACUUGGUAAUGCUCCUGCACAAAACAUUUAUAUGCAGACAGUAUAAAAGAAAGUUAUUAGAACCAUUACCAGCAAGAGUGCACGUAAUUUAAUUUUCUGUGUAGCAGCUGUUCUAAUAUUAAACUGGGUGUCUUAUCACAGCGCUGAGCAAUUAUUCUGCACUCACGCAGGGUAUGGUUUGAAAAAAAAGAAGAAAGGAUCUAACUCUGUUGGAACAUUGCUGCUAUUAAAAGACUUGAUAAAUGUG